AUAUGGUUCCUUUUUUUAAAAAGGAUAAAAACCUUUUAAGUGCAAUAAUUGCACCAAGUGUUAUUUUUACCCAAGGCUUUGCGACUUCGGGUCUUUUAACCAAAAUGCAUCAAUCCGUAAUAUUAGUACCCGCUCUACAAUCCCAUUGGCUAAUGAUGCACGUAAGUAUGAUGAUACUGGGCUAUGCAGCUCUUUUAUGUGGAUCAUUAUUAUCAGUGGCUAUUUUAGUCAUUACGUUUCAAGAAGUCAUCCAAAUUCUUUCUUUUAGCAAGAAUUUGGAUUCUUUAAAAAAAAAGUUGAUUUUGUUGAAAUCAAAUACAUGAAUAGGAAUGAAAGAAACAAUGUUUUACGAAGAAUUUCUUUUUCAUCUUCUAGUUCUAGAAAUUAUUACAGGUGUCAAUUUAUUCAACAAUUGGAUCGUUGGGGUUAUCGUAUUAUUAGUCUGGGUUUUCUCUUUUUAACGGUAGGUAUUCUUUCAGGAGCAGUAUGGGCUAACGAGGCAUUGGGUUCCUAUUGGAAUUGGGAUCCAAAGGAAACUUGGGCCUUUAUUACUUGGACCAUAUUCACAAUUUAUUUACAUACUAGAAAAAAGAAAAAAUUAGAAGGUAUAAAUUCUUCAAUAGUGGCCUCGAUAGGAUUUCUUAUAAUUUGGAUAUGUUAUUUUGGGAUCAAUCUAUUAGGAAUAGGACUACAUAGUUAUGGUUCAUUUACAUCUAAUUGACUAAAAGAACCUGAGAAAGCAAAAUAUGGAAAGCAUAUAUACUUUCCAUAAAUCGUCGAGAACCCUUUCAAUCAAGUAAUGUAAUGAUUCAAGGGGUUCUCAGAAAUAACAAACAUAUUCAAUUAUAAUUUCAAUUUUUUAAGUGAAUAUAAAAUCUAACGGAAAAAUAUUUUUUUUUAUCUUUUUGAUUCAUUUAUUCACAAAAAUCAUCGUUAAUGAUAUAAAAAUAGAAUAGUUAAUGAUAUAAACUUCAAUAAUUCAUCAUUUCUAAAUUUAGUAGUAUUAUUGAGACGAAGUUCUGACCAUGUGUCCGAGAAACAAGAACGGUUGGAUCUCUAUCAAUGGAAUCUCAUCACCCAUACAUAACAAAUUGGUACGGUAUAUUCAACUUAUAUUAUAAUAUAUGAACAGUAAAAAAAGCUAGUAUUCUUAUUGAGACUAGAACUCAUAGGGAAGAAAGAAUAAAAUAGAUUUAUGAAUGGAAUCAAAUAUGCAGUAUUUACAGAAAAAAGUAUUCGGUUAUGGGGAAAAAAUCAAUAUACUUUUGAUGUCGAAUCAGGAUCAACUAGGACAGAAAUCAAACAUUGGAUGGAACUCUUCUUUGGUGUCAGGGUAAUAGCUAUGGAUAGUCAUCGACUCCCAAGAAAGGGUAGAAGAAGAAGAAUGCGACCUAUUAUAGGACAUACAAUACAUUACAAACGUAUGAUCAUUACGCUUCAACUGUGUUAUUCUAUAGAAAUUAGAACUAAUCAACAAUCCGGAGAUAUAUGAUAAUAUUACUUUUGGAUAUUUCUGAAUUGAAUCAAAAAUGGAUAUCUGAAUUCUCGGAAAAACUUGACAAAGACAUUAUUAUUAGGGUGAAUAAGGAAGUAGGGCAAACAUAUCUUAUAGUAUUAUUCUAGGAUGAAGAUUAAAUUCAUCAACAACGUAUGAUCAUUACGCUUCAACCGUGUUAUUCUAUUCCACCUCUUAGAAAGAAAAGAACUUUAAUAAAAAUACACUUAAUAACAUAACAUGGCGAUACAUUUAUCCAAAACUUCUAGCCCGAGCACACGCAAUGGAGCCGUAAACAGUCAAGUGAAAUCCAAUUCACGAAAUCGUUUGAUUUCCGGACAGCAUCAUUGUGGUAAAGGGCGUAAUGCCAGAGGAAUCAUUACCGCAGGGCAUAGAGGGGGAGGUCAUAAGCGUCUAUACCAUAAAAUUGAUUUUAGACGCAAUGAAAAAGACAUAUAUGGUAGAAUCAUAACCAUAGAAUAUGACCCUAAUCGAAAUGCACACAUUUGUCUCAUACACUAUGGGGAUGGUGAGAAAAGAUAUAUUUUACACCCCAAAGGGGCUAUAAUUGGAGAUACCAUUGUUUAUGGUACAGAAGUUCCUAUAAAAAUGGGAAAUGCCCUACCUUUGAAAUCUACUUCAACCGAUAUGCCGUUAGGCAUGACCAUACAUAAUAUAGAAAUAACACUUGGAAAGGGUGGACAAUUAGCUAGAGCAGCGGGUGCUGUAGCGAAACUGAUUGCAAAAGAGGGUAAAUCAGCAACAUUAAAAUUACCUUCUGGAGAGGUCCGUUUGAUAUCAAAAAACUGCUCAGCAACAGUCGGACAAGUAGGGAAUGUUGGGGUAAACCAGAAAAGUUUGGGCAGAGCCGGAGCUAAACGUUGGCGAGGCAAGCGUCCUUUAGUUAGAGGGGUAGUUAUGAACCCUGUAGACCAUCCACAUGGGGGUGGUGAAGGGAGGGCGCCAAUUGGUAGAAAAAAACCCUCAACUCCUUGGGAUUAUCCUGCACUUGGAAGAAGAACUAGAAAAAGCAAUAAAUAUAGUGAUAAUUUGAUUCUUCGUCGCCGUAGUAAAUAGUCAGUGGAGCGUAGAGAAAAUAGAAUUUGUUUCUUCGUCUUUAUAAAAGAAAAGAGCAAUUUACUAUGAUAUUAUAUGAUUUUCUUUUUUUAGAGAUUCUAUAUUUUAUUUUAAAAAAUUUGAAAUAUAAAAUAUAA